AAAAGGUUUUGCCAUCUGGUUGUGUUAGAUUUCCUCUAUUAAAACCAUCUAGGCUCCGCUUCCCCUUCCCUCCACCACACCUAGCGCCGAGCACCUGGCAAUGGCGGCUUCCGCCCCGUCCGCCACCUCCCAGAUGCGCCCAAGCCGCCGCCUUUAUUACUAGAGCCAACCCACCGCCCGCCGCGUCCCCCACUCCCACGAACUCCCAGGCCUACCCACCCCAACCCUCGUUCGGGCGCUGAACGCAUCUCGUGCUCUGCUCCCCGGUUCUUGACGCCGCCGUUUCUUGGGCCGGUGGAUGCGUCCCCGACCCCUCCCGCGCCGCGAAUCCAGGCCAUCAGGAUCCAGGCCGUGAGCAAUGGCGGCGCCGGUGGCGCCGCCGCUGUGCACCUGGCUCGUCGCCGCCUGCCUCUCCGCGGCCUGCGGCGCUGGCGACAAGGAGAAGCAGCGAAGGCACCGUGGCGCCGGCGUUGGCGUUGGGGGUCUGUUCGGCUCGCACCACCGCCCCGGCUCACGGCGCCGUGGCGGGGCUCGCUCUGGAAUGUCCAUGGCUGUUGCCUUGCAUCCUGAAAGGGGAGUUGUGGAAACUAAGAAAACUGAUGUCAAACAAAGGAGAGUAGUUGUCACUGGCAUGGGUGUAGUUACACCGUUAGGCCAUGACCCUGAUGAAUUCUACAAUAACCUUCUACAGGGUAUCAGUGGAAUAAGUGAGAUAGAGGCGUUUGAUUGCUCCAGCUAUCCCACGAGAAUUGCAGGAGAAAUCAAAUCGUUUUCGACAGAUGGGUGGGUUGCACCAAAGCUAGCUAAGCGAAUGGACAAGUUCAUGCUAUAUUUGAUAACGGCUGGAAAGAAAGCAUUGGAAAAUGCUGGAAUCACUGAAGAAAUCAUGAAUGAGUUGGAAAAAUCAAGGUGUGGGGUUCUCAUCGGGUCUGCUAUGGGUGGCAUGAAGGUUUUUAGUGACGCGAUUGAAGCAUUAAGGGUUUCAUACAAGAAGAUGAACCCAUUUUGUGUACCUUUUGCAACUACAAACAUGGGUUCUGCAAUACUUGCUAUGGACCUGGGCUGGAUGGGCCCAAAUUAUUCUAUCUCUACUGCUUGUGCUACCAGCAACUUCUGCAUUCUGAAUGCUGCUAAUCAUAUCAGAAAAGGGGAAGCUGAUCUGAUGCUUUGCGGUGGUUCUGAUGCACCGAUCAUCCCUAUCGGAUUGGGAGGUUUUGUGGCCUGCAGAGCUCUUUCACAGAGAAACAGUGAUCCAACAAAAGCUUCUCGGCCUUGGGAUGUGGAUCGUGAUGGAUUUGUUAUGGGAGAAGGGUCUGGUGUGCUUGUUUUGGAAGAACUUGAGCAUGCAAAGCAAAGAGGUGCAGAAAUAUAUGCUGAAUUUCUGGGAGGAAGCUUCACAUGUGAUGCGUACCACAUGACAGAGCCUCAUCCAGAAGGGAGAGGGGUUAUUCUUUGUAUUGAAAACGCACUAGCAGAUUCAGGAGUAACAAAGGAAGACAUUAACUAUAUCAAUGCCCAUGCAACAUCUACGCAGAUGGGUGAUUUGAAGGAAUUUGAAGCUCUCACCCGUUGUUUUGGCCAGAAUCCGCAGUUAAGAGUGAACUCAACGAAGUCAAUGACAGGCCAUCUGCUAGGAGCUGCGGGUGGAAUAGAAGCUGUCGCUGCUAUACAAGCUAUAAGAACAGGUUGGGUACAUCCAAAUAUCAAUUUGGAUAAUCCGGAGAAAAAUGUGGAUGUCAGCUUGCUGGUGGGUCCCCAGAAGGAGAGAUUCGAUGUCAAGGUGGCACUGUCGAACUCAUUUGGAUUUGGUGGGCACAACUCGUCGAUUUUGUUUGCGCCCUUCAAAUGAUUUUUGUUGACGAUUUUCUUGUGGUUAUGCAUCGUCGAAAAAUUGAGACCUUAUAAGACCACCAGGCUCGGCAAACAUUUCCUGUACUGCAAAAUUAAGAUGAAGUCCAAAAGCUUAGUAGGAUAUAUGGCCACACAACCGAGGGAAGAUAACAGUUGGGUUCAUUUGUAAUCGCAAAGCAAAAAUUAUCCCGAGCGAGAAGAGCAUCCAUUCAGAUGUUCCUUGUACCCUUUGGCUCAUUCUAUUUUGUUUCGGAUGCUUAUUGUAUUUGUCAUAUAGGAACUUGAUUGGGCGUGGUAUUUUUGGUAUAGCCGUUUGCCCGACAGAUACAGUGGUUUUGCUUACAGAUCCAGCACAUGCUGCCUAGUUCAUCAUUUGUUGGGAUGUA